CUUUAAAAAUGCCACGCCAGUGUGAGAAGAAUCGAUUCUCGUACUCGUACUAUCUUUCCAAGAUCGUUUUCAAACUCAUCGAAAAACUUCUUCAAAAAUAAAUGACAAUCUAUUGUUCACAAUACCUAAUUAUCCAACCGCAGCAGACACCACUAUUACUUGAAUAUCAUACACCGCGUAAAGUAAAAGCGAACCCACAAUGUCCCCUCUUUCAGAAUCUCGACAAAAAGGGUCCAGAUACCAUAAAGUUGACGACGACUACGAUAACGAUUGCAGCAUGGAGUAUGCACAAAAGUUGAAUAACAAUGCCGCUUGGUGUAUUGAAAUCGGAUACUAUGAACGAGCCAUUCAAUCGCUCCAGGAAGCGUUAAAAUACUCUCAGAAACAAAGCGACGAAAGACUAGUCCAGAUUUGUCGUUGCAAUGAAUGUAUACUCGAUGGAGGCAUCGACUUUUCUGCUGACUUUGGAAGGAUCGGUCAAUCUCGAGGUCCAAAGGUUGCUACCAGGGGUACCCAGGGCUGUGACAACGAUGAAAGCAGCGAUGAGGAAGACGAUCAUGCUCGAAACAGUUGUGAUUUCGACGAGGAACACAUUGCCAACUUGACCAAGAGCAUCAGCCAACCAAAGAUUCAGAAAGUUGCCAGAGGCAACAGGAGCAAUGGCUUUGGCAGUGGCACGAAUGCUUCGUGGAGCAUAAAGGACGAGUAUUGUGACGAAGUCUUGCAUAAACACAAGGUCCAGGAAAUCUACAAGCGUCCCAUUCGUGUGUUUCGGGAAGGUCAUUCCAUGGGUUCUACCCUCUUUUUAGUCCUCUCCUUUAAUCUAGCACUAGCGCAUCACUUAGAGGCCGCAUCUUCGUACAGCCACUCCCGCCACCCCAAAUCCGCAAAGAAGGCACUCUUGUUCUACGAGUUGGCUUGGACGGACGAACAAAGGAUUCUUGCUGAUCCUGAUAACUGCUGGGAUUCGCUGUCUAGCGUUCGAUUCAAUACAAUCCUGAACAAUAAUCUGCGCCAGAUACUACCGAUUCUCUCGGAGAAAUACCUUACGGUUGCCGAUCUCCUCUUGUCGAAUGUUUCGGAUUCGAUCCAUAUUGGAACAAAACGAUUGGGGAACCGAAAACCCUCCGAGAUGUCUACAACGAGGAAAAGCUCGACGAGGAGGAGCGGUACCAGCAGCCGCGAAGGGGGGAAAGGAAGCGGGUCGUUGCGCUCAAAGAAAUCCACUCCUACAUCCGCAAAGAACAAGCUGCAGCUUGCUCUUGGCGAUAUGUCUCCGUUAACACCCGAAAAAGGCAAGGUGAAGAUAUCCAUAGGUGGCAUGCCGCUAACGUCGAACAGCAGCAACACCAGUGGUAGUCACAAGAUCUCGAGAGGCCGAAGUGGCAGCCGGAACUACUGAUUCUAACAAGCUUGAUUUUUAGGGUCGUUGCUAGACUCAAACAGCUUGUUUCGAAUCAUAAUACUAGGUAGAAUUUGCUUUGUGAAGGAGAAUAACUAUAUGGUUGCAUU